AGCCCACCUGCCCUUGUUCAGAAAUCAAAGCCCUUCCCCUCUUUCUCUAUAUCUUUCAUUACUAGUCCUUUAAAAACUAUUAUUCUGAUUUCAAAUUACAAGUCUUGUAUCAAGGCAGAACUUGUCGACUAAGCUUUCAAAAACUUCAAUUUCUAGGAGAAGCAAAAUUCAAAAGCAUUCGGCUUCUCUACAGUCUGCAUUUUAGGAGAAAGAAGAUGAAUGCAAAUAGUUCUGCCCCUUGCUCAACCACCAAGAGGCUUCAAGGUAAGGUGGCUUUGAUAACAGGCGGAGCCAGUGGAAUUGGCAAAUCCAGUGCAAGGCUGUUUGUUAAACAAGGAGCCAAGGUAGUCAUCGCAGACGUCCAAGAUGAGCUUGGCCACUCUUUUUGUAAAGAAAUUGGCUCAGAAGAAAUUGUUUCCUAUGUCCAUUGUGAUGUAACAUGUGACUCUGAUGUCCAAAACGCUGUGGAUUUGACCGUCUCCAAGUAUGGUAAGCUCGAUAUUAUGUUCAGCAACGCUGGAAUCUCAGGCAAUUUGGAUCCCAGGAUUUUAGCCACAGACAAUGAAGAUUUCAAAAGGGUUUUUGAUGUUAACGUAUUUGGUGGUUUCUUGGCAGCCAAACAUGCUUCCAGGGUCAUGAUUCCUGCCAAGAGAGGCUGUAUUCUCUUUACUGCAAGUGUUGCUUCAGUGAAUUGCAUAAAGGCUCCGCAUCCAUAUACGGUAUCAAAACAUGCACUAGUUGGUUUGGCUAAGAGCCUGUGCGUGGAGCUGGGCCAAUAUGGGAUAAGAGUCAAUUGUAUCUCACCAUUUGCAAUUGUAACCCCAAUGCUAAAGAAAUAUAAGGGGCUCAUGGAAAUGGAGAAGGAGAAGAUCCAGGAAGCCGUUUCAACUGCAGGUAACUUGAAAGAUGUUGUGUUGGAAGAGGAAGACAUAGCAGAGGCAGCUGUGUAUUUGGGAAGUGAUGAAUCCAAGUAUGUGAGCGGAAUCAAUCUAAUGGUUGAUGGAGGUUUUAGUCUUACAAAUCCCUCCUUUGCUAUGGCCAUGAAAAGCUUACUUUCUUAAGCUUGGAUUUUAGUGGAUUGCCUUGUCUCAAAAACAAGGAAGCUUUUCUUACAAAUGAAAUUUGUAUCAAACAAAUCAUAUGGUUGAUAAUCACGGUAGUAUUUAAUAAAGAAAUUCAUGAUUUCAUUC